GUCGUCCUGCCAGCGGCGAGAGAACAGCUCCGUCCAGGAGGUCUCAGCACACUGCUUUCUCUCUCUCUCUCUCUCUGUGGAGGAUUAAAAGGCGUUUGUGUUUUCUUCCUGCUGUAUUUAGAGGUGGGAAUCUCGGACGGGGAAGAACGAAAGCGUGAAGCGGCUCAUGACAGCUCUCCUCUUCAGUAUGAGGAGUUAGUGAAAAAACAAAAAGGGACCUGAAUAUCGACGACACUCUCGCGGAGUAGAUGGAGGAACCAGGAGAUAAGUGUUACUGUGUGGGCUGUAGAGGAAAGAUUCAAGACUCGUUUCAAAUGAAAGUCCUCCAGGACACUUGGCACAACGCCUGCUUCAAAUGUUCUGUGUGCUGUGACCACCUGACUAACUGGUACUAUGAGAAGGACGGCAAGCUGUACUGUCGCAAUCACUACUGGGAAAAGUUUGGAGAGCUCUGUCAUGGUUGCUCUCUGCUCAUGACUGGACCUGCGAUGGUGGCUGGAGAACAUAAGUACCAUCCUGAGUGUUUUGUUUGCUUGAGCUGCAAGGUGGUCAUUGAAGACCGGGACACCUACGCUUUAGUCGAGAGGUCAAAACUGUAUUGCGGGAAGUGCUACAAGCAGGAGGUUCUCACACCCAUGUUGGAAAAACGCUCGUACGACUCGGUCCUGGACUCCCUGCCCCACACGGUGACCCUCAUCUCGAUGCCUUCUGCAGCCAAUGGGAAGAGAGGCCUCUCUGUGUCAGUGCUGAGGGAUGUCAAUGGCUCAGCGAGUGUUCAGGUCAAAGAGGUCAGAGGAAUGCUUAUUAGUCCAGAGGUUCGAAAUGCCAUCCAUGUUGGAGACAGGAUUCUGGAGAUCAAUGGCCUUCCUGUGGCGACAUUGAUGGAGCAGGAGGUCAAAGUAAUGCGAAGCCUUGACCAUCCCCACGUUCUGAAGUUUAUCGGCGUGCUGUACAAAGACAAAAGGCUCAAUUUGAUUACUGAGUUUAUUGAGGGCGGCACGCUGAAGGAUUUCAUCAGAGACAUGGACCCGUUUCCAUGGGAGCAGAGGGUGAGCUUUGCAAAGGGUAUCGCUUCUGGCAUGGCCUACCUCCACUCAAUGAGCAUCAUCCACAGAGACCUAAAUUCUCACAACUGUCUGGUUAAACUGGACAACACUGUAGUCGUUGCUGAUUUCGGACUGUCCCGACUCAUAGUAGAAGAGAAAGUUAAACCUCCACCUGAAAAACCUACCAAUAAGAAGCGCUUUAGACGGAUUGAUCGAAAGAAGCGGUACACCGUUGUGGGGAAUCCUUACUGGAUGGCUCCAGAGAUGCUAAAUGGUAAACGUUACGAUGAGAAGGUGGACAUUUUCUCCUUUGGAAUUGUUCUCUGCGAGAUCAUUGGACAAGUCUACGCGGACCCUGAGUGCCUCCCCAGGACUUUGGACUUUGGCCUAAAUGUUGGCAAGUUUGUGGAGAAGUUUCUCCCUGAAGACUGCACACCAGCUUUCUUUCCAUUGGCUGUAGCCUGCUGUGACCUCACAACAGACAACCGUCCACCUUUUCAGAAGCUUGAGGACUGGUUUGCAGCUCUGUCCCUCAAUCAGGAGCUGGGAAUCCCCCUGCCAGCCGAACUGGAAGAACUGCAUCAGAGCCUGAGUCGACUUUAUUGGCCUAAAGACGGCUCUCCAAACCAGAGCUCCGAUCAGUCGUUAACCCCAGUGGCAGCCUCUCCAGAUUGCUCGAGCACGACAGACAAUGGCACCUAGGACUUCUGCCUGUACUGUCUGUAUUUACUUUAGUGACACCUCUGACCUGCUGCACUGUGGAUGUGUAAAAAGAGGAAAGUUGUAUUGAACCCGAGCCGUAUUAAAACUGGAUAACCUGAGGUAGCUGGAUCAAUCUGUGUUUUUGGGACUUUAACCCUGUGAAUACCAGUGAACUGCAAAGAUAGUGCAAAAACAUUUCAGAAUUACAAGUGUUUACUAAUUCCUCCUGUGCCACUCAUUACAAAGAAGAUUGUUCACUCUGUAUAAAGACAAAAGAAAAAUGUCCUCCCUGGCAGAGGGAAAGACUCUUUCUUUCUAAGGCGGAGGACUUUAUGCUCCCACGUGACAACAGUUUUAUUUUCUGUCGGGUUUCUUUUGGCUCUGGAGUUGUUGUUGCUGUGUGUGGAAUGCACAGAUCGGUCCUUGCCCAACAGAGGAGUCACUUCACUUCAGCGGCAAAGAAAACAAAGAUCCUUGACAGUCUAGCUCAUUGGCAUGUUCAAAUAAACAGGGCAGGACACAAAAAAAAACCCCAGGUGUGACCUUGGGCAGCAAAGAAAGCAAACACACCGCUGCUGCUGAGAAUUUACACAUGAUGGCAAAGAAAUGUUCAGAUUAUGUUUAUUCUAAGCAUCACUCAUCUCAUUUUUGAUCAUGGAUCUGUGUACUUUCUAGCUUAAUUAUUUUAAUUAUUUUACCAAAAUGUUGAACGAACACCGUGCAGAUGUUUUAUUCAUGUCGGGGGGGAAAAAACGGGACAAAAGCUCUUUUGCAGUUUAGGACUGUUAAUGAUUGUCAGACAUAAUCAUGCAAGAGCUGACUGUUUGGAAAAAGAAAAAAACUGCCUUUGUACAGGACUGGAUAUUUUUGCCACUGUAUAUAAGUAUGUACAUAUUGUAGCACUAAUUUGACGUCUUGUUUUUUCUUCUUUUUUUUAACGGGACUUCUAGAUUUGUAUAUUUUAGACAUUUCGUCAGCGAAUGACAUUUUGGCCUUUUUUGCUAUUAUCAUUCAGGGUACUGACAACCAGCUGUAACCACUAUUAUUUAUAUUAAUGUAGUGUUUCAUAAAUAAAAGUUC